AUGAUCCAAAUCAGCUUCCUCUGUAUAGGUCCUCCUGAAUCUUGUACAGCAUACCAUCUGCCUUUCGUUUCCAGGGUUAUGUCCCAAUACUCCUUCCCUACUUCAUUUCCACGAAUGCCACUGUGUGAAGGUAGAGUUACACCAACCAAAGAGGAACUGAAAUGGCAUCGGGAGCAAUUGACUGUGAGAUUUCGGGAUGUAAUGUUAGUUUCCUAA